UGUUUUAAUGAAGAGUUGUUAAGAGAAGAUAAUAAAUAUCAUAUGGAUUACCUAACCAAUAAAACAUGUCCGACAGUUCAAUCAAGAGAAUAUUUAUUUCUUGAUCAAUCAGCAGGAACGUUAUUUGUAGUGCAUACGAUAGGAUGGAUAACGGCAUCGCUAUUUACUUUACUUUCUUGUAUGCUUACAUUUUGGUUAAUAUGUCAACACGUAAAAUAUUACACAAAGCCUAAUGAACAAAGAUUAAUUAUAAGAUUAUUAAUGAUGGUUCCAAUAUAUACAAUAUUCGAUUUAUUAUCAUUCUUCUUUUUGAAACAAUCAAUUUAUUUUACAACAAUAAGAGAUGCAUAUCAAGCAGCUAGUGUUUUAGCAUUUUUUAAUCUUUUAUUAGUGUAUUUAGGACAAUCAGAAUCUAUUCGUAUAAUAAGAUUAUCAAGAAUUUCUUCAGCUCCUUCCCCAUUUCCAUUUUGCUGUUUUACAUUUAAUCCAUCAAAACAUAGAUUAUUUUUACCAGGAUUAAAAUUGGGUGUAUUACAAUAUGUAUUCGUAUUAUAUUUAACUACAUUUACUGCUUUAAUAUUACAAUUUUUGGGUAUAUAUUGUAAAGAAAGUUGGAGUAUUUAUUUUCCUCAAAUUCAUUUGGUAUCGGUGCAAACUAUUAGUUCUCUGAUCGCUAACUUAUGUUUGAACUUUUUUUUCCAAGCUGUAAAGGAAGAUUUAUCAAAAUAUCAACUUCUCCUAAAAGAUAUUUGCAUAAAUUGGGCACUUUUUUUCGUCACGUAUCAAGAACACGCGUUAGCUGUAGCCGUAUUCGCGGGAAUCAUAGAACCAACGGAUUAUAUGACAGCAGAUAGCAUAUCAACAUCAACACAAUCAGUUUUAGUAUCAAUAGAAUUUUUUUUUAUAUCCAUAUUACAAUUAAACGCAUUUUCAGCUACAGAAUAUAUUUUAAUCAGCAAAGAUGAUAAAGAUGAAGAAAGUCAUAUACCUUAUACAGCUCUAGAAGUUUUAUUAGAUGCAUUAAAUCCAAUCGAUACUAUAACAGAUUUAGUUUAUGUAGUUGGAUUCAUUUUCGUGCAUAUGUUAUUGAGAAGACCUGAACCUGUACAACCUCCUCAUAAGAUUAGAAGAUUAUCAAGCGUAAGAUCUUCAACUGUUUCUUUGCCUAUGAGAAGAACCGAGACGGAAUCUGAUUUAGUACCAAUGAUUUCAAUCAUAGAUUUAAGUGAUAGUAAAUUGAGUGAUAGAUAAUAAAGAUGGAAUUUUUUGGUAAAGAAAGAGAAGAGAAAGAACGAUGCGGAGUCUAUAUUAAAUCAUAAAACUUUUUUGCGUAUAAUAUAUAUUAAUAGUAAAUUAAUUAUAUAAGUUACAUUUCGAAAUAUAAAUAGCAUGUCUGAAAUGUGUGCCAGGU